AUGCAAAGACAAUAUAUAUUAAUCGGUCUAUUUACCAUUAUUUUCCUAGUUAUACCAUCAUGUGGUAAUGCUUUACCUGACAACGGGCGUGUCCUAAGCGAUGAGGAAUAUGAUGAUACUGAUAAAAGUACGACACCAAUUAUCUUGAGUGCUAACGAUGAUAAUACUACUACUACUGUUAGCACAACAACAACAACAACAACAACUCCACUAACUACAACAACAAGCAAUGUAACUGCUGAUACAACUCCAACAACAACAACAACUUUAGAAACAACUAUAACAGCAAGUACAAUAACUACACCAACAACAACUACAACUAUAACCACAAUAACUACACCAACAACAACUACAACCACAACCACAAUACCUUCUACUACAACAACAUCAUCAACAACAACAACAACAACACAAUCGCCAACAACUGCUGCUCCUCCAGGUCGAAAAUUUGAUGCUCUUUCAUUUAUCGGUGGUAUGAUUCUUGUAAUUGGUCUUGGUGGUUUGAUUUAUCUAGUCGCACGUUAUUUAAGUCGUAGCAAUCGUUUACCAUAUUUAACUCUUUCAAAUUCACGUUAG